AUGGCCGCAAAAUAUCCUUCACAUGAUACAAACACGUAUUCAUUUUCCAAAGAUCUUCGAAUAUGUCAAUUAUAUCAACAAGAUCCUCGUUUAUGUCCUUCAUGUUCAUGUUCUAAUCUUCAUAUAUGUCGUGAUUAUCUAUUGAAUAGUAAAUGUUCGAAAUUGAACUCUGAUGGAAAAUGUUCACAUUGUCAUACGCUGUUUACUUUGCACAAUCGACUUAUUCUUGAUAACUUAAAAUCAGUAUCACAAGAUGAACAAGAAUUCGAUAGAGUAGCUAAAUUUAUUCGAGAUUCAGAAGCAAAUUCUUCGAAAACGGUAUCAAAUUAUGCCGGACGACUUUCGAUUUCAGAUAAUAGCUCUAAAGUUGCAUCGACAAGUGGACAAGCAUCAUCAUCUGAACUAACAAGUACCAUCACUAGUGGACAAGAUCAUGCUAAACCAUCAUUUUCUUUAUACAAUAAUCAAUCAUUACAAAGUACUCUUACCUCAUUACCUGCAUAUAGUACUGCCAGUGGUCAAUCAUCAAUAACAAAGGACACAAAAACUUCUAUUCUUCUAAGUCCUUCGAAAUCAACUGUACCGAAUUCUUCAAUAACAAUAAAACCAAGUACAGCAGAUGUUUCUUUACGUCCGAAAUUUGAAAUCACUAAGAAUAUUAUAAGUUUACUUGACAACAAUUCCAAGCAGCUAACAAAAACUAAUCGAAAACUAUCUGGUACAGCUUCCUUAGCUACAUUUAAAUCGAACUACGAUCAGAAAUUAUCAGAUGAUGAUCAUUCAACAUUCUUUGAUGAAACUGAUGAAAAAUCUGAUGACAAUCCAAUGCUUACAACAACAUCUUCUCGAAAUGAAAAACCUAAACGUACACAUUUUCAUCAUAGCCUAACACUAGAUGAUAAAACGUCGUCUAUAUUCAAUCCAAAAGAUGAAAAAAAAAUGUUGUCACAAACCAAAUAUGUUUUUAAUAAAUAUGUAAAAGAUACAGAAUUAUCAUAUCUUCUUGGUCCUGGAAGAUAUCUAAUGAAAAAUGAAGGAUGUCAAAUAUUUCCAUCAGGCUAUUGCCUAUGUACAAAUGAUAAUGAAGAAAAAAAAAUUAAGGAAAAUUUAGAUAAACUUUUGCAUACUUCAUUAAAAUCAGAUCCUGUACCAUUUAACAAUAGUGAACUUACAUUGGUGAUUAUGUCUCCAAGAUCACCAACUGGACAAGAUCAACCAUAUCUGUUAUCAUCGGAUGGAAAACUAUAUAUACAAGGCACUAAUUCAUCGAUUAGUGUGAUCUCUGCUGAUAUUACUCAAGUUCCAGUUGAUAUGAUGGUAUGUGUACAUACAUCGCUCACAUUAUUGGAUAGUGUUCUUUCUCAAGCUGGUUCAUCAAUUGCAUCAGCAUAUAGUCACAUACAACAUUCGACACAAGAUAUUAUUCUUGAGGGUGGUAAGACGAAAGCACAAAAAAUUCUUUUCGCUGGAUGGAAGAUAGAAGUUCAAGGAUUAGAUACAUCCAAAGUUCAAAAGUCAUUAUCAAAUUUUGUUAAACGAUGUAUUGACUGUGCAGUUCAACAAAAUAUGAGAUCGAUUUCGUUUCCAUCAGUUGGUACUGGAAAUAUUGGUCUUAAUCCACAUCAAGUUUGUGAAUCAAUGAUGACAGCAGCUAGUGAACGUUUACGUACAUGUAAAAUGGAUGUAUUAUUUGUUAUUUAUCCAUCAACUCAAUCGAAUCAUGAUAGAUACUCUUAUUCAAUAUUUCGUGCUUAUUUGGAUAAUCUUUGUCAACAAAACGGAUCAAAAAAUUUUGACACAUCGUCAGCAACUCAUGUUUCACAUACAAGAUCAGUUGCAAUUAAACGAAGUCAAAAUAUUCAUCGAACUUUAACAUGUAAACAUAUAUUGAUUGUAUCGAAUUUGCCAAAUAUUGUUGAACAUCAAAAACUAUUGGAGAAAUCAUUAAAAGGACUAAUCAAAGAAUACAUAUAUGAUCUUUCUCUUGUUCGAAGACCAUUAGUCGAUCGAAUCGAACAAUUAAUUGAUAUAUGUCUCAUGUAUCAUGUAUUACCAUGUAUUGAUUUUUCUAAAAAUAAAUUAAUACUUCAUGGUGAUCGUGAAUCAUGUUUACAAUGUUUUGAUAAUCUUCGACCAGAUAGAUUAAUUUAUGAAUAUUAUAUUUAUAAUAAUGGAAAAAAAUUCAAGGAAAUUAAAAUGAAUACAUAUGAAUCAAUGAAAAUUGAUGAAGCUCUUUCUGUUGGUGAAGCAAAAAUUCAUAUUGAACAUGAUAAUAAUACUAGAUUUGAUAUUGAUUUAAGAACUUCACAAGUACAAAUCUAUGGUGAUACAAAACCUGCUCAACUUCAUAGAACACUAUUGAAUGAAGAUUCUAAAAUUGUUCGUCCAUUGACAUGGUCGCCUACAUUUUUGAAGAUUCAAAUGUUCCCAGUCUCAAAUCAUGUGUUUAAUUCCAUUGAAUGUGUUCGUAUGUUUCAACAAUCCAUGCCAACACAUGAAUGGUGUAUCGAACGAGUUGAUACUAUUCAAAAUUGGCCAUUAUACGUUCAUUAUGCUAAGAAACAAUAUAAACAUAGUACAUUAGUUUUUUAUGGAUGUCCAUUUUCAUCUGUUCAAUCAAUAAUUCAUUAUGGUUUAUAUUCCAAUGAUGGUAAAGAACAAAGUAUGAUUCGUUUAACUUCUAUAGCAUUGAAUAGUCAUAUAUAUAAUGCACGUCGUUCAACAGAUAGAAAAUAUUAUAUGUUUGCUGUUCAAUUAUCAUCAAAAAAAAGUGUUGAUAUGAAACUUUUAUAUCUAUCUAAUGAGGAUGCUCAUUUAGCAUUACCAACACAUUUGAUUGUAUAUGAACGAAACGAAAAAAAAUAA